AUGUCAAACACAAUCAACGGCAAGGAAGUCGCGCCGUCAAUCGACGUGAAAAACCUCAGCUAUGCCUUCCCAGAUGGCUCAAGUGGGCUGAAGGAUGUUUUCCUAGACCUACCACCUGGUAGCAGGACACUUCUGAUCGGAGCCAACGGUGCGGGUAAAACCACACUUCUCCGCCUCCUCUCCGGCAAGCGCAUGGCCCCCUCCGGUACCGUCCACAUCGCGGGCAUCGACCCCUUCAAGAUGGGCCUUGAGGGUGUGACCUAUCUUGGUCUUGAGUGGGUACUCAACCCCAUUGUCCGUACCGAUAUCGACGUGCCCACACUUCUGUCCUCCAUUGGCGGCGAUCACUACACCGAGCGCCGCGACGAGCUCGUACGCAUACUUGAUAUCGACCUCAGCUGGCGCAUGCACGCCGUAUCAGAUGGCGAGAGGAGACGUGUACAACUCGCCAUGGGUCUGCUGCGACCGUGGACCAUCUUGCUGUUGGAUGAAAUCACAGUUGAUCUAGAUCUGCUGUCGCGUAGCAACUUCCUCAACUUCCUGAAGAAGGAGACAAUGGAGCGUCCAUGCACUAUCGUGUAUGCGACUCACAUAUUGGACAAUCUCGCCACAUGGCCUACACAUCUCGUGCAUAUGAGCUUAGGCAAGGUCAAGAAGUGGGGUAGCGUCGAGGAGAUGGACGUCAAGGUCGAGCAGGGCGAGCGCAUGUACACUGGAAACAGUCAAUUGGGUGAGCUGGUGUUGAAGUGGCUACAGGAAGACCUGACAGAGAGAGGACCAAGAAAUGGAAAGGGUGAGGGAGCGGCAUACCAGAGUCUAGAGGGUAAGGGCGGUUAUGGAGCUGAGAAGAGGGUGGAAGACAAGUACAACAUGGCCCAAACGCCGCGCAAACCCCUAAUCACUAUUUUGGCUGUGGAGAUUGCGCGAAAAUACAAUGGCGAAAUUAUCAACGGAGAUGCUAUGCAACUGUACCGCGGGUUACCUAUCAUCACCAAUAAGAUAACGCAGGAUGAGACGAAAGGUGUGCCUCACCAUCUCCUCGGCUGCAUAAGUCUUGAAGAAGAAACUUGGACUGUAGGGAAAUUCGUGGGCGAGGCUUUAAGAACAAUCGACGAAAUUCGAAGUCGAGGCAAACUACCGGUCUUGGUCGGUGGCACUCAUUACUACACACAAUCACUCUUGUUCCAAGAUGCGCUGGCAGAUGAGCCGGAGCUGAACUUGAACGAGAAUAGCCAGGCUCUUCCGAUACUAGAAGAGCCUACCGAUGUCCUGCAUGAGAAGCUUAGGGAAGUUGAUCCUAUCAUGGCCGACAGGUGGCAUCCCAACGAGCGGCGCAAGAUUCAGCGGUCACUUGAGAUAUACUUGAGAACAGGCAAACCAGCGUCGCAACUCUACAAGGAACAAAAGCUUCAACGCGACAUUCUUGCUGCUCAAACAGAUGGCGCGGCAUCUGACAGUCUUCGCUUCGAGACCCUGAUAUUCUGGGUGCACGCAAACAAGGAUGUGCUGCAUCGUCGUCUUGAUGGCCGUGUUGAUAAGAUGAUCGCACGAGGCCUUCUGUCUGAGGUUGAGGAACUGAGCAGCUUCCGCGAACGCCACGAAUCCAGUACGGGCGCCACUAUCGACCAGACUCGCGGCAUUUGGGUAUCUAUAGGAUACAAGGAGUUUUUGGAAUACCAAAGCGCUCUUUCCGAUGAUGCGAAGAUGGCCCCUGAGCUAGAGAAGCUUAAGAGCCUAGCCGUCGAGAAGACACAGGCUGCCACCCGCCAAUAUGCCAACCGGCAGAUCAAAUGGAUUCGGAUCAAGCUCCUUAAUGCGUUGUUUGGCGCAGGCCAGAAGGACAACACAUUCCUAGUUGAUGGUUCUGACAUAUCGCAAUGGGAGGAUAAGGUCGUAAAGCCUGCCACAGCCAUCACCGAACAAUUCCUCUCUGGCCAGCCACUGCCACCGCCCUCAUCACUAUCACCAGUUGCAGCUGAAAUGCUGACGCCAAAACGCGAGUACGAUUUGGGACAGCGACCAGACCUUUGGCAAAAGAAGGUCUGCGAAACAUGCGGUACAACAUCUAUUACCGAGAAUGACUGGAAUUUACACCGCCAAAGCCGCGCCCAUCGACGAGCAGUAGGUAUGAGAAAGAAGCAAGAGAACGCUUCAAAGAUGCGAAAAGGUGGCGCCGAAGAUCCAAAAGCAGAGGUUGUUGAUGUUCUCGAACACUACCUGGAAACCUUUCCUAUGGAACAAGAGCUCAAAUGA